AUGGGCUCUAAAAGCCACUGUGGAAGUGCUGGCAGCAUCUAUUGCAGUCGGCGAUUGCCCAAGUGGCAAUUCUUCAACGACACAGAUUGCAUCUUCUUCCUCCCUCACGCCUUUCUGCAUCAUGCGGGCUCCAGACUUAUUCUCCGUAAGAGCAUCAGCGGUCUUUCGGCUCCUGGCUCUCCACCGUGGCACGUCAACGAACAGGCCUGCACCUCCAGGCUCUUGGCAGCUUUUCUCAACUUGGACGCCGACGAGAAAAUCGGGCCUGGGGCAGCCAAUGGCCACGCCCUGCCAGCUCCAUCCCAGAUGCUAGAGGCUUGGCUUUACGGAUCCCCCGAGUCUGUUCAUGAGCUUUCAAAGGCAAAAGCUCCUGGGUACUGGGUACGCCACCCGUCCGCCCGUCAGCAGGGCCCAGAGCGAGAACGAAUCACUUGUCUUCCAGCGUCCUCUUCCCAGCGUCCCCGUCGCGCCGUUCACCAGCGAGUGCCGAAACGACGGAUAUCGUCCGUGACUAGAAACCUGAAAGGGAUAUUAACUGGAGAGCCGUCUGAUCGUGAUCACAGGCAGUGUCGUGCCAGCGCCUGA